UUUUAAAUUUCACAUUCUUUUCUAAUCGUAACUUAACGCGUAACGCCCGCCAUGGCUGUUAACGCGUUGGGUUUGAUUUCGGAACCAGGUGAAGUGAUCGAUCUUACCGAUCCGGCCUCCGUCGAGGAUGAUGAUAAAUACAACAAAGAGUCUGUGGCUCAGAAUGGAACUGUAUUGCAACUCGUCGUGGACGAAUCACCUCGUCCACCGGCCCUGAUCGAUGGUCCGCCCUCCCUCCUAGCGCCCCCAGGCCCGGCCACCCCUAUCUCUACCCUGAAGGUCGCCGAAUUCUAUGACCCUUCGGACCGGCAUGAUCGAACAGCGCGAUCCCCGUCCCUUCCGGAUGGCUUCCCGCCCGAUGACCGUCCUUCGAAGCGUCGAAAGCUCCAAGAUGAGGCUUGGUCCCCAUCCACUUCGCCCGUAACCGAUAGGAAAGCGUUAACGAAGUGCCUGCAAACCCAAGUCUUCCCCCACCUGGAUCGCAUCGUCAACGAUCUCGAUGAGGAUAUAUUCAAUGUGGAGAUGCUGGGUGCGAAGAUCGUUGGCAAGAUCGCAGAUAAGGACUUCGAACGCCAUUUCCAUGCCGGGAACGGCUGCCUCCAGCCAGAUAUCGAAGCCCUCGUGGUCACGCGUAUCAAAGAGCUGGUAUCCGAGCUUACCAAGGGCAACGAGUUCCGUCAUCACCUGACCGUCCCGUACCCCCGUAUCCCACCGGCGCUCGGGGAUGUCCCUACACCCACGCUCCAAGCACACACCUCAAUUUUACCUUCAAUCGAGCCCCCGCCGAAUAGCCUGUCCUUUUUCAACAAGUCUAAUGAUCCUGCCCAGCGCGUCUUCGACGGAGAUAACAAUGGCGGCGUUUGGGGUGGCUCUAAGGGGGCAGAGCCUCGCCGCGUCAAGGCCUCGCCGCCACGUGAGCAGGCAAGGGACAGACGUUUAGCUCAACAGCGGCAGCUACGCACAAGGACGAGGGCGAAGCGGUGGCAGUCCGGUAGAUCCUACGAGUCUAAGAGGGAGGGUUCGCCGAUACAAGUUAAGAACGGUUGGUUCAGCCUACCGUCAAGGCCGUACAUAUUAGCGAGAGAGCGGUGGCAGAUUGCUACGGGCGUGGGGAAUGGGCGUCUACUACACCUCGAAUCCAACGAGCUACGUCAGCCGAGCGUGUAUCACGUCGACUUCUCAGAUGACGAGAUCAGAUAUCUUCGGCGCCUCGCGAGAUCUUUAUACGGCGGAACCACCACCAAGGCACGGAGGAGUGACCUUCGAGACUUGCGCCACAUGCUAAAGAAGCCUGGUGACAUACGAAGUCGUAUGCUCGACGCCCAUCGCCGAGGGUACACCUUCGAGCGGCCCCCUCUUUCCCUCCGGAGCCGCACCGUGGACGAUCUAAAUAACUUCCUGGAUGACCUACGUCACAAGCAGAUCUACCCCAGAAGCAGGGCUUUAUAUCUCGAACGUGACGACGGAGACGUGGGAGGUGACGCCUUUAGGGCUAACAAGGUCCCAUCGCUGCUCCUAGCGAGAGAGAUCGCCGGAAACCGCCUCGGGGCGGCAAGGUCCUAUCAAAACUUUAGUACGGCGUUCAAGAGCAACCGGGAGGAUUAUAUGGAGCCAAAGGUUGAAUGGACCAACUGCGCCGGCGAUAUUAUGACUAUCAGUUGGCUUGCAAACGGGACGCACUUCGUCUGCGGUACGACUACGCACUCUGAUUCUCACAACCAGCAAUACAACAAGCCGGGAAACCUGCUGCUAGGCUCGGUGGUAUCGAAUACCCUCAAGGCGUAUCCCGACCAUCGCAUCCCUCGCCCCAUCGUAUCGCACGGAGAGAAUGCCCUAGAGUCGAUGAGAGAAAGCCAGGAUCCUUGGCUCUUCACCUCGGUUGUUUCGUCGGACUACGACGCCGUCAACGACCUAUCUUUCACGUCGAGCUUCGACCAUACUGUCAAGGUCUGGAAGCUCCAGCGUAAUAGCAUGGCACUAGUCGAUACGUGGCAUCACGAGGGACGUGUCAAUUUUGUACUGGCUUCUCGAAAUACGACGGGCAUGAUAGCAACCGCUGCCGAUGUUCCCACAAGGGCUGUACGAGUCUAUUCUACUGGAUGGAACAAUGAGCAGGGCUCCGAUACGCCGAAGUACACAUACCGCGAGUACUCGUGCAAACGAGUGCACGGGGAGGACUAUGUCCCCUCGGACAAGUGGGCUUACUUCCCGGCCGCGAUCCGAUGGGGCUUGGCGCCAAGAACAAGCCAUCUUCUCCUAGUCGGCUACUCCCCACGAAGUCUUACCGGUGACGACAGCGACAUUCCGGAGGACAAGCGCGACACCGGCGAGCUCUGCAUCUGGGAUACGAUUUUGAACACCGACGUCAAAGUCAACAGCGGGGUGACCCAGAAUGUAUUUGAGGUCGCAUGGCACCCUUCGCGACAGAGCUUUGCGGCGGCGACUUCGGCGUCUCAGACGUCGGAAAAGAUCGAGGAACACAUCCGCACUCAGAUUCGUAUCUUCGAACUCAACGGGUUAACCGGCCAGUAUACUGCCAUCAAGACACUAGAUUGCCCCGCUGUUGACAUCAACGAACUCGUGAUGAGGCCCAAUAGCACCCUAUAUUCCUACGUCGCUGCUGGUUGUACCGAUGGUAGAGUAUAUAUCUGGGAUUCGGCUAGAAGUGAUGAACCGAUGUGUAUUUUGGAACAUGGCAAUCCCGUUGAGGAGUACAUCGGUAAUCGAGAGCAAGAAGAUAUAGGAGUCAAGUUUGUGGCUUGGGCUACCACUGCGGACCGUUUAUAUACCGGUUCGUCUGAUGGCGUAGUCAAAGUAUGGAAUAUCCGCCACGGAGGAGUUCUAGUCAGGGACCUCGUCGAAGUGGCUGCCCCUAUCACGGCCGGCGCUUUCUCCCCGGACUUUACGAAGUUAGUUAUCGGGGAUGGCAGUGGGCGAGUCUACCUCUUGGGUCUCGAUAGAGAUGACGAAACGGAGGGCCCGGGCAAAUCGGCCGCCGUCUCCUCCGGAUUCUUCAAUCUACAAUUCGACGGCGAACGACGGGCUAUCCGGCGACCCCGGCCGUAUAUCCCCCACGAGGAGCUCCCGCCGCCGCCCGGCGACGCGUCGGGACCACAGCUAGGCACCGGGCAGGAGAGGGCCAAGCACUACCUGGCUACGUCGCAGCUCGUCCUCCACCCCGACGUCACCGUCGGGGCCGUCCAGGGGCCGGCGUACUGGCAGACGGGACACUACCGAGCGGAAGCCCACCUCGACGGCGACGCAAGCAUGCCGCUACUAGGAGGGUUCGAGAACCUCCAACGGAUGAACCACAUAUUCUCACGUACGACGCGGUUCCGGCGGCAGAGGGAGGACGACGAGGCGAGCGAGCAGCUCGCGGAGGCGCUACGCCGGCUCCACGUCCGGAACGGGCAGCUGGACCUGGACGUCGAGGGCCUCGACGCGACGACGCGCUCCGGGCUCGCAGCGGACCGCGCCGAGCUCGAGGCGUCCCCGGCGGAUUUGGAUUACGACUCGAGCUGCUACUUCUCGGACGAAGAGGAAGAGGGCGAAGAUGAAGAUGAAGGUGAAGACGAAGAUGAAGGUCAAGACGAAGAUGAAGACGAAGAUGAAGAUGGAGAUGAAGAUGAAGAUGAAGACGAGAUCCGAGGAGAGCUGGACGUGUAACGUAGGGCGAGGGUAAGUAGUAAGCUGGCUCUUCUUACUUUGCUGGCUGUGCGGGCGCGUACGUGAACGGGACGGAUCGGAUGGGAUUCGCUUGUCUUUGGUAUAGUCAGCAACGUAAGAGCCAACGCGCUAAACGUGCGCUUUUGUGAGAAAAAACGAAGAUUCGGGAAGGAAACCCCCCCCCCCCCCCCACCCCCAAAAAAAUUUAGGCAGCGCAGGGCGGAUUAUAAGAGCUGGUAGAUAUAUAUAAUGUCAAGAC